AGUAAGCACAUCCUAAAAUGUAAGCUCCACCCCCACAAGGAUGGUCUGUGCUUGGUGUUGUGUCAAGUGUAGACCACGUUACAAACGACAUGUGGACAACAUCUUCCCAGUGGAUCCCCAAGAUGGUCUUGUUAAGGGUGAGAUGCAGAAGCUUACUUACUACGCACUCACUAAUCCUAGGAAAUUAGACAGAAUAGGGAACUAUUUGGCUGAGUAUUUGAAGUACUAUGUGGAUCACAGGAGGUAUGAUUUUGCUAAGAUAGCAAUGAAGGCGAUGGAGCAGCUACUGCAGGCCUGCCGCUCAGCCUCUAUAAACUUGUUCGUGGAAUCGUUCUUGAGAAUGGUCCAGAAGCUUCUAGAGUCCCCCGAGGCGAGUCUGCAAGUUUUGGGUUCUACUAGCUUUGUCCACUUUGCGAACAUUCAAGAGGACACGCCCUCCUACCAUCGGAGAUACGAUUUCUUCGUCUCAAAAUUCAGCUCAAUGUGCUGGAGCAACGGCAGGAACGACACGAUCCGGCCAGUGCGCCAAGCAGGACUGCGUGGUCUCCAGGGUGUUAUUCUAAAGACUGUGUCAGACGAUCUGCAGGUGAAUAUCUGGGAGGAAGUUCACAUACAGAAGAUAAUGAGAGCCUUGCUGUUCAACAUCCACGAGGGUUUCACCUCUUCUGUAACAUCGCCCUCCCAAUCCAGGUCCAUGUCACCAUGGGAAGGGGAAAAUUCGGACGUUACUUCCGAUAUUGAUCCUGAUCAGCUGGCACGGCAUGUUCUCCAGGAUUUAGUUAGCCGGGCAUCAUACGGGCAGAUCAAGUCGCUGAUGAUGCCACUGCUGUACUUUAUUGACAAUCAAAAGUUAUGGGUUCCCAACAAAUUCCCUAUACACUGCAUGAGUUUAAUCAUGCAUUCCAUACAGAUGUCCAGUGCGUACAUUGCUAUUGCGCAGCUGCUGGCGCAUCUGGAGGAGCACAAGGACGCCAGCGCUAAAUUAAGAUGCAGUAUAGUCGAGGUGGUUUCAGCUGCUGUCUCCAUAGCUUCAACUGAGAGUAUAGGACCUACAAUUCUUGAGAUGUUUGGAUCACUUUUGAAAUACCUGAAAAUGAGUGUGGACACGUGCAACAUCAAGAACGUGGAUGUGGAAACUAUUAAAGAGGAGGAUGAGUUUCAGGACACAAUCGUGGAGAGCGUAGGACAUUUUUCACAUGGUCUACAAACGUACCAGAAAAUAGAAAUCUGCACUUUUAUCCUGCAAAACAUGCCCUCAACAACGGAUACAGAAGAGGAAACGCAGUUUGAGAGCAUGCUGUUGAAAUGCAUUAUGAAGAUAACUACCUCCAUCAACGUGAACAACGAUAAGAGUAUCGGACUACCUACCCUGUUCCCACUGUCCCUGCUCGUGCCUCUUCAGAGACUGUCUUUGUCUGAUUCGCCCAAGACCCGGACAAUGACACAGCAGAUAUUUCACUCUAUUUUGGAUCGGCACAAUAAUCACGAGAAGGUUGUGCCGACUGUUACUCUUGGUGAACUGCCUGAGGAGAACAUAUUUGUUGGACCUCAGAAGAAACAAGAUGUUCUGUUUUUCAAAAGGAACGGUCCAGAAGUCUACUUCCACCUGUACGAGAGUAUUCUGAAGGAAGAUAAUGAUUUAGAUAACUACACGUGCACGUUUAGGACCGCAGUUCUUUGGUGUCUUGAGGUUCCUGUUGAUGAGGUGCUGAUAGAGCUGAUACACAUGGCAUUUGGUCUACAGGAUGAAGCCUGCUCUAGCUCCAGAAAUAACGUCAACAUCUUGCAUGGGCUGGUCGCUGCUUUCCUCGUCUUCGCCUCACGGUAUUCAAGAAACGAAGCUUUAGAUCAGCACAUAACGAAUAUAAUACGAAAGAGGCAGAGUGAUAAGCCGUAUUUACUUCCUCAGGUUGCUUUCUCUACAAUCGACAAAGACAGUGAGCUGGAUAAUGAAACUGCGGAAGAAAAUGUUUCCUCUUUUAUGUUUGAUGCUACCGUCGUGGCUGAAUGUCUAAACCAACAGGGCAUGAACGUGGACAGGCUAUCUGAUCCUUAUCACUACAAAAAGAGCAGUGAGAAUUCUAUGGACGGAGCAGCAAUACCAAGGACACCAGAAUCGGUGAAAUCACUUCGAGUCAGCUUGCUGGAUGCCAGGGUGUCGGAUGUACAGAUAAGCUUGCAAGAGGAGAUAACGUUUGACACUCUGAAACAAGCCCUUCAGCACAGACAGCAAAUGGCGCUAGCCACCAACAACUCUUCCAAAGAAAGGUUACUCUCUCAGGAAUCUUACGAAGAUUCUGUGGCCCGGACGGCUGAGAAGAUGUCCCACAUAACGGCUUUGAAACAGCAGAUUUUCAGCUCUUUCAAGAGUGGCGACGUUUCUCCGACGGAAUCCUUACACUCGCUUAUAGACCUAGAUAACUUGACCAAUCUGUCAAUAGACCUACCAGAUAUGUAUGUUUAUUAAUCCCAGUAAUAAAUUAGGCAUUAAUUAACCGAUUAGAUUUGAUUGAGUAAAAACUGAACCUCAGAACUGCCAACCUUUAUAUCUAUUGCAUAUAUUUGUAUUCUUGUCAUAAUAGCAAACUUUUCUACAUUUAUCUAACUGGAUAGUGGAUUGUUUCCACGAUUCUCAGUUAAAUAACACCAUCUUUUUCGUUGUGUUUGAGAGAGUAGAUAGUCAAAAUUAUCCUGAAAUGUGCGUUUUGAGUGUCACUUGCAGUGCAGGGUUAAGUUAGUUAAUCACCAGCUUAGUUAAAUGUACGUUUUGUGCGAGCUGGAAUGUUGGUAGUAUCCAAGUAGCCCGACCCUGUCCGCGGGCAGGAUCGGGCUACUUGGAUACUGCCGGAAUGUUAUACUUGCUGGAAUUUGUUGUUAUCUUUGUAAUCUUCUUGUUAGGUGUUAAUACCUUAUUCCCUUUGUAUCUGAUGUACGGGUAAAAUUUAAUACCAACGCGAAUUUGAAUAGGUUCAGUGGUAGCUUUUCGGUCCGGUUUAAACUUUACGCAAGCCUUUUUUCUCGUUAUGUGUGGCAAUUGCGUGUUAUAAUUAUAUAGUGACGUGUCUUGAUUAAUAUGGAAUCUGGAUGACUAAAAUAUUUAAAAAAUAUGAAACAGUUUAUGAAGUUUUUAUUGCUGUUAUUACGGGUUACAAGAUUUUCGUUAAUUUAAUCUGUGUUUAAGAGCCGAGCUUGAUUUUUGAUUUUAAAAAGUUUUUCGUUAAUUUUAUUUUGCAAAAGUGAUAAAUAAUUCUUUAACGUUAAUGAAUUUUUGAUUGAAAAAUAAUGUAUUUAGUUUUACUAAAUCUAUUCAAUUUGCAGUUUUGCUGAUGCAAUUUUCAAUGUUAUCGUGUCGCGGGCUUGUUAGUUUAGCUUUGGUAGUUGGUGUAUGGAGAUUGGAGAGGAGACCGGUUUGAUUUUAUUAUACAUUAUUAAUAGAUCGUUAGUGCAUAUAAAUCAAUUAUCAUGUC